AUGUUUCGCAUGCCAAAAGAUAUCCCACGAGCUACCCUAGCAGGCGCCGUGAUUUGCAUCACUAUCUCCGGUACCCUUUUUGGCGCCUCGCAGAAAUCCCAACAUCAAUUUCAACAGAAAGUCCAAGAACAAAAGGCACUUGAGCCGACGAUCGAUGAGCGAAUCACCGGGCUCAGAGGUAUGCGAGAAAACCUGAUGGCCAAAAAGGAACUCGUGGAGAAGCAGCUUCAGAAUCUGGAGGCUAGAAUCGAAGAAAGAACCCAGAACCAAUUCAGUGAGCCGAAGAAGGAGCCGCCGCACAACAAGUGA